GUCAUUAGCCUGGUGCGAUAAACUGCGCCAGGUUAUCUCAGCACUUGCGGAACAGAGGCAGGAGGAUUGCCGCCAGUUAGAAACAGAGAGACCCUAUUUCAAAACCGUAAUCCGAAAUAGUGAAUAGGAUAAAUGUUCACUUCUUGAGUCUAAGAAUCCGUCUAGGGAAUGGCUGUUCGCUCUUUUAGUGCAUACUAAGCAAACAGUGCAAACAGCUACCUUGUGCCAAUGCUGGACUAUGAUACUGCAACAGCCUUGAGUUUGCAGUUUAGUAAAUUGACAUCUUCAUGCCUCUUAGAAGUCACUUUUAUGCGGUGAAAUUUACAUAGGGUGAAGGUCACCAGUCUGACACCCAAGUUUUGCUGAGUUUUCACAGGUGUUGAUUUCCCUACCUCCACAUGUUAGUGAUGCUUUCUGCAAGAUGUGAUUGUGAGAAUGUGUUUGCAAUUAAGGGCACUAGUUGACGGAGUACUAAGAUUUUACUCCCCUCCCUACGUUUAAAAGGGACAUCCGCCCCGCCCCAGAAAAAAAAAAACAAUUUUGAUUACAUGAUGCAUGGACCACAAAGUACAAAAUCGUAAGGAAAGCUGGCAAUCUAGAAGAUGUUUAUGUUUAUGAAGUGGGCCCCGGGCCUGGGGGAAUCACCAGAUCCAUUCUCAAUGCCAAUAUUGCUGAACUUCUGGUGGUUGAGAAGGACACUCGAUUUAUUCCAGGAUUACAGAUGCUUUCUGAUGCAGCACCUGGGAAACUGAGGAUUGUCCAUGGAGAUGUGCUGACAUACAAGGUAGAAAAGGCUUUUCCAGAGCACAUUAGGAGACCCUGGGAGGAUGAUCCUCCAAAUGUACAUAUCAUUGGAAAUCUGCCGUUCAGUGUCUCGACUCCCCUGAUCAUCAAGUGGCUUGAAAACAUCUCUCUUAGAGACGGACCCUUCACCUACGGCAGAACCCAGAUGACGUUAACAUUUCAAAAGGAGGUAGCUGAGAGACUUGUAGCUACCACAGGAAGCAAACAGCGCAGCCGCCUUUCCAUUAUGGCCCAGAACCUCUGCAGUGUUGAGCACCUCUUUACCAUUCCAGGAAAAGCUUUUGUUCCCAAGCCAGAGGUUGACGUAGGCGUGGUGCACUUCACACCGUUGAUACAGCCCAAGAUCGAGCAGCCAUUCAAGCUGGUAGAAAAAGUUGUUCAGAACGUGUUUCAGUUCCGGAGGAAGUACUGCCAUCGAGGGCUUGGAAUGCUCUUCCCUGAAGCUCAGCGCCUAGAAAGCACUGGAAGGCUGCUACAGCUGGCGGACAUCGACCCCACUCUCCGGCCCAUCCACCUCUCGCUCAUGCACUUUAAGAGCCUGUGUGAUGUGUACAGGAAAAUGUGUGAGGAAGACCCGCAGCUCUUUGCUUAUAAUUUCAGAGACGAGCUCAAGCGAAAGAGAAGGAAAGGCCAAGGGGAAGAUGAUGACCCAGAAAGCUGGGAGUCCUAGCAGCUGCUCUGAGGGCUCCACAUGCACACUGUGGGGCCUCUGCAUCUGUAAAGACAACGCCAGUGAGUAACCACAUGACUGACUUACAUGCUGUCACUACUUAAGAAAAUAAAUAUCAAGUAGAUACA